GAGUCUGCAGAAGCUCAGCCAAAAGGCAGAGGAUAAUGCAUAAAAGAGCAGCACUUUGCAUUUAGGAUUACAUUUAGAAUCAAGAUGAAAAUAAUUACCGUGGUCGUUUUGCUUGUAUUGGAGCUGUCAAACUGCUUUGCACAAUCAGGAGACAGCUUUUUAUUAUACAAUGUGGACUCUAAUAAAUGCUUGACUAGCACUUUGAACAGGCUUGUCACCUGUGACCCACACAGUGCCCAACAAAAGUUCCGCUGGACUUCAAGUAACCGCAUUUUGAACACUUUCACAAAGACGUGUCUUGGAGUGGGAAGUAAAACGGUGGGCAAAACUCUGCAGCCCUUAAAGUGCAACGAUGACAAUGCUCUGCAGAAGUGGGAAUGCCAUGGGAACACAUUGCUUGGACUAAAGAAUGAGACUCUGUUCCUGGCUGUAGAUUUUAGGGGUUUACCUGAGAUUUCUAAUAAGACUGGAAUCAGAAGCAAAUGGACAAUUCAUGGCACACAGGACAGCAUUUGCUCUCGGCCUUAUGAAGAAAUCUACAGCAUUGAUGGAAAUGGAUUUGGGCAGACAUGCAAGUUUCCUUUUUUGUAUGAGAAAAAGUGGUAUGCAGAUUGUACCACAGUUGAUGAACCGGACCAGCGUCUGUGGUGCGCAACCAAGACUGACUACAGUUUAUAUGAGCAGUGGGGAUACUGUCCAACACGUGAUAGUAAAUACUGGACAAAACAUCCUCUAACAAACGUCUACUACCAGCUGAAUGAUAGGUCAACUCUGACAUGGUACCAGGCUAGAAAGAGCUGUCAGCAGCAAGGCGCUGAAUUGCUGAGCAUAUCUGAACCUCACGAACAAUCCUUCAUAGCAGGAAUGUUUCAGAAGUCACAAGGCUCACUAUGGAUAGGACUGAACAAGUUAGAUGUGUCCAGUGGAUGGCAGUGGAGCAAUGGACAGCCUUUACGCUAUUUGAAAUGGCUCAGUGGAUUCCCAAGCUCACAACCAGGCUACAAUUGUGGCGUCUUGAAAAAUGGCUAUAAUUCAGAAUGGUCAAAUGAUGCUUGCUCUGAAAAACGUGGAUACAUCUGCCAACGAGGUCAUUCUGUUCCUACUGUUCCACCAGAAGUGACGACUGGAUUUUGCCAAAGCCCCUGGAUUCCACAUUCUGGCAACUGUUAUCUUCUACACCGCACUAAGCAAACAUGGCUGGAGGCACGGGACAUCUGUCUGCGGGAAGGAGGAGACCUGCUAAGUAUUCUCAGCACAGAAGAGCAAAGCUUUGCCAUCACACAGCUUGGAUACUCAAAGACUGAUCAGCUGUGGAUUGGUUUCAAUGACCGUAAAACACAGAUGUUGUUUGAAUGGAGUGACCAGUCUAGCGUCCCGUUUGCCUCAUGGGAGGUUGGCGAGCCGACUCACAGUGCUCAGCAUGCGGAAGACUGCGUGUUAAUGAGAGGGGAGGAGGGAAAGUGGGCUGAUGAUGUUUGUGAAAAAAAAUAUGGCUUCAUCUGUAAGAGAAAGACCAGCACUAAAGCCUCAAAUAAUGACACGGUUGUCACAAAUCCAGGAUGCAAAAAGGGCUGGAUCAGGUAUGGGUACUAUUGUUACAUGGCAGGAUCCGAGACAAAGACCUUCGAAGAGGCAAAACAGACGUGUGAAAAAGCAGAGUCUCGACUUGUAGAUGUUUCAUCCAGAGUAGAAAAUGCAUUCCUGGUUAAUCUAGUAGGAGCACGACCAGAGAAGUACUUCUGGAUUGGACUGUCUAAUCAGAAGGACGUACACACUUUUGAGUGGACCAACACUAAGCAAGUCCCAUUCACUCACUUCAACUCUGGGAUGCCAGGAAGAAAACAAGGCUGUGUUGCAAUGACGACUGGAAUAGUUGCUGGGCUUUGGGAUGUGCUUAGCUGUUCAAAUAAGGAAAAAUACAUCUGCAAGCAAAGAGCUGAUGCUCUAGUAACAACCGCAGCCCCGCCAACCACCCCUUCCCUGGACUGUCCCACAGAAUGGACUUCAAUUGGGACAAGAGACCUCUGUGUCAAGCAUUUCAAUGUACCUUCACUGCAAAUGAAAACAUGGGAUCAAGCCCUGGACUACUGCAGAGAACUCGGUGGUGACCUCCUGAGCAUCCAUCAUGAAUCUGAUAUUCCCUGGAAACAAGGAGGAGGGUAUCCAUCUUGGAUUGGUUACAGAAUGUAUGAUCCCUCUGUGGGUUACGUUUGGAGUGACGGCUCUUCGUCGUCCUAUCAAAGCUGGGCCAGCGAUGAACCAAACAACCUAAACAACAUGGAAAAUUGUGUUGAAAUGAGAGUGUCGCUGUGGGACGAUGAUGGGAUGUGGAAUGACGUGAACUGUAAAGACAAGAAGGACUGGUACUGUCAGAUCCACAAAGGAAAGACUCCAGUUGAGGUGAAUAUUACAGAACCAGUUUAUAAUGUAACAGAGGAUGGCUGGAUUGAAUUCAGAGGUAGCCAGUAUUAUGGGUCCGAGUACUCAGCGAUGUCUAUGCAUGAAGCACGGGCGUUCUGUAAAAGAAAUCAUGGCGAUCUUGUAGUCAUCAACGAUGAGGAGGAGCGACUGUUCCUCUGGCAUAAGUCUAAAGAGUUGUACAACGAUUUUCUCAUUGGCUUGACGGUUGAUCUGGAUGGAUCUUUCCAGUGGAUGGAUGGGUCUCCUGUUGUGUUUCAAGCUUGGGAAGCAAAUCAACCUGCCUUUAAAAACAGUGAGGAAAGGUGCGCAAAGAUGACCAUAUCUCAAGGACUCUGGGAAACCGUCAACUGUGGUGAUGAAUAUAAUUAUUUUUGCAAGCGAAGUGAGGCUCCCCCAGUUAAUGCUACUGUGGCCCCUACACAGCCACCAAAAGGAGGCUGUGCGCCUGAGUGGACACAGUUCGAGGGAAAGUGCUACAAUGUGAGGGGGGAAAUGAAAAAAUGGAGCGAAGCAAGAGAAUACUGCAGAGAACAUGGUGGAGAUCUGACAGCUAUUAUGAGCAAAUUCCAGCAAACAUUUUUAAGCACAAUGAUUCGAGAUAAAUCCACUAACUUUUGGAUUGGAUUCAGCAAUCUGGCAAAUGGAAGGUUCAAGUGGACAGAUGGGAGUAAAGUUUCAUUCACAGAGUGGGCUGAAGGGGAACCUCAUUCCUUAGUAUGGUCACGUUCAUACUACUGGACAAAAUACUUUUCGGACGAGCCGGAAUGUGUUUUUAUGGGCAGGAGUUCAGGAUCUCACUUUAGCAAGUGGGUGGCAGACGACUGUAAUUCUACUAAUGGCUUCAUUUGCAGUCGUGAUGUUGAUCCAGGUAUCCCCUCAGUGCCAACUGAGAUUCCUAAAACCUUUGUCAAGCUUGGAAAUUCAUCUUUCAAAGUGAUUCAAGAAAACCUAACGUGGAUUGAGGCAAAUCGUCGCUGUAAGGCAGAAGGGGGUCAUCUGGCCAGUAUUCGGGACUUGAUAUCACAAGCUUACAUUGAGUUGCAGGUCUUCAGACUCAAGCAGCCUAUGUGGAUUGGUCUCAACAGUGAACAGUCAAAUGGAUAUUUUCUGUGGGUGAAUAAAUGGCCAAUGACCAUGGAGAAAUGGGCGAUAGCUGAACCUAGGCCCAACAAACCUUGUGCACACAUGAAAAUAAAUGGAGAAUGGAAAACGUCUCUAUGCAAUGAAACCUUCUACAGUGUCUGUGAGCAAACAACGGACAUUCCGCCAACCCUUCCAGCACAGCAGCCCGGACACUGUCCAAAGCAAGAAAAUUACAGUCCCCUGAGGUGGAUACCUUUCAGAGACAGCUGCUAUGCUUUUGUGACAGAAAUGAAAUCAUGGAGCAGAGCAGCAAGACUUUGUAUGACAUGGGGAGCUUCUCUUGCCAGCAUCAGAGAUGAAGCGGAGGAGAAGUUUAUAGAAAGCAACCUCUUGCUCCUUGAAAGUUAUAAAGAAUUUUGGAUUGGAUUGUUACACAACCAUAAAGGACACUGGUUAUGGGCAGACAACAGUGUGGUAGAUUACACUAACUGGGCACUAACUGAGACCGAUGGUGACUAUGAAGAAUUUUCUUAUAAUCCUGACUGCGCAUUUAUCUCUGCCACGUCUAAAAAUUGGAAAAAACGCCACUGUGAUUACACAGUUUUACCGUUCAUCUGCAAAACCGCCAAAGUGAUGAGCCCAACUAUUAAGUCCCCACAUCAAGAUAUUAAACCUCAUAGGGUUAAAACUGGAUUGGCUGUAUUCUUGACUAUUGCAGUGAUUGCCAUACUUGGAGCUCUAGCCUAUGUUUACUACAGAAGGUCACAACAUCGCUUCCUGCCUACAUUUGAAAAUCCCAUGUAUAAUAACGCAGAGUCUGCUUAUUCAGAUAAAGAUAACAAAUCAUUGCUUGAGGUUGCAGAAUAGACCUGUACAUGUAGUCAUCUGGCCAGUAUCAUAAAAUAAACAAUGGCAGGGAUCAUCAAGUUUAUUUUGUGAUAUCGGCUCCCUACUUCUUUUACAUGGCUACUUGCCAAAUAAAUAAUUGAUUUGGUUAGAAAAGGAACGUAGCCAUAUAAAUCAGUUGUCAUUUAAAGAGGGACCUAUUAUGCCCCUCUUUACAAGAUUUAAAAUAAGUCUCUGAUGUCUCUAGAGCGUGUAUGUGAAGUUUUACCCAAAAUACCUCACCAAUAAUGAUUUAUUACUGCCCCUUCUAGGCUUUGAUCCUAACUGUGCUAUUUUGGUGACUGUUGCUUUAAAUUGAAAUGAGAUUGUGCUCCUAGCCCUCUUUUCAAAAGAGUGCAGAGCUACAAAUGCCUUCGUGUCAGCAUAGUGGCAGAUUCAAAAACAGGACUAACUUCUUACGCUAAUGAGGGAGACAUCAUCAUUAAUAGGCGGGGCUUUCCACUUCAUGUACAAAGGGAGAAUGUCAAUCAAAGUAUUUGUGUAGAACUUUUUGAAGUGUGAUUAGAAAAAUUAAAGUUAUUUUUCACCAUUAGAAACGGGUUAUAUUCACACAGUCGCCACACAACUGUUUAAACCCCUUAUAAAGGUGAUUUUUGCAUAAUGGAUCCCCUUUAAUUAGUUUAAAAGUCAUUAUGAUCAAAUAAAUAAUAAUAAAAUCUGACUACACAAUGGUGCAACUGACUAAUCAUAUCAUACUACAAUUGCUGGUUUUAAUUAUUUUCUCCAAAAGCUUUUGAACAUCAGACUUUGUUAUUAAAUGUUAAAGUUCAAAAAUAAAUGUCUCUAAUAACCUUCAGUUUUUACACUAUGGUAUAUUUGCAUUGACUGGAUUAACACUCACAAUGCAAAAAGUUUUAAGGAAGGAAACAAUGUCAACUUUUUUUGUGCCAAAAAAUUGUGGAUGUAAGGUCAGCUGACACUUGAAAGCUGACAGAGUUAGCAUUUGGAGAGACUUGUGCAAAUGUUAUAUUUAUACUGUAAAUGAACACUCCAAAAGUUCUUUAUAUAUUCAUAUUCUAUGACUAAUCCAUAAUGAAUACAGAAUAGGGGAUUUUGUGUGGGAACGAUUCCGAAAAUCACCAACUGAUAAAUGUGAUGUGUGCAUUAUUGGUUUAGGAGAGCAUUUCAAUAACAACAAUAUACAGUCAGAUCAACUGAAUACAGAAAGAACAUCUAUAUUACAGUGCAGCAGUAUCUGUACUGAUUCAUUAAUCCAAUAUCUACAAAGGCAUUUAUGAGGUAUAUACAAAUGCAUAGAAACAAUUUUCAAGCUAUAGUGUUGCCACAAACUAAUGCAUAGAGUACUCAGGAAACAUACAGGUAUCAAAUGUAAAUAAAAGAUAUUGUUUCAGAUGCAUUGAGGAUAUGAUAUUGCCAUCUUCUGAUUAACAGUUUCAACAAAAGUGAAAACAAAACAUUUACCAUGCUGUUGUAAUGAAACAAGUAUUGUACCUAUUUUUGUCAGUAUAUUUGUGUGUCUUUUAACUUUAUGAAGAUAAAAGUAAAAAAAAAAAAUCAUACAUACAGGAUUGUACAUAUUUCAAUAAACAUUCUGAAAAUCAUAAAUACAUGCAUAUGGUUGGCUAAAAAUGAUCACGUUGUAUAUAUUAUUAAUAUGGAAAUACAGAACCUAAAACAUCAACAGUGUUCAUUUGCAAUAACUUUGCAUGAGCAAAGUACACAUAAUAUGGCUCGAGAGUUGAUUUACAUGAUUGUGGUCUUUGUAUUGACACAAAUGAUUGUUUAUUAAUAAACAGGAAAUUGAAUAUCUUAA